AUGGGAAUCCCGCCGAACGGAAGAAGGGAGAAGGAAAGCUCGGAGACCCUUUGGCCCAGUUUUCAAGGUCCGCGAGAAACGCGGCCAGGUUUAAGGGACGCCGAAGGAGUCAGAGAGGGAAACGGAGAGAACCGGCUGACGGCCUCCUUUCGCGCGGCGGUUGGGGACAAGGAGUACGAUUGGCCGGGAAGAUGUAACGGGAAGCAGAUGGGAAAAUUGACAAGAGAAGAUGGCGAUGGUACGAGGCGGGAAGUCGAGGAGAAAGACGCCGAUGGCACGAAAGGGAGGAACUCGAGGAGCGAGAACGAACGAGGCGCGGGAUCUAGGGGCUACGUUUUCUUGGCGGACUAUCGUAGUCGAUUGAAGCACAGGUUGCUUCUGCAGCAGCUCGAAACGGAGGAGAAACGGCUCAAGGUAAAAAUCGCCGAGAUGGCGAUACAGGAGGUGCAGCUGCGAAUCAAAGCACUGAGCGAGGACAUGCGACGCACGGAGGAAUUGCAUCGGAUGCGUCUGAUGCGGACCGCGGCAGCCGCGAGUCGACAAACGACGUUCGAGUGGGGCACGAAGAAUCCCUGAAAAAAAGAAAGGGAAGAAAAGAAAAGAGAGACGAGGCGGAAGAAGGAAGAGUCGCGUUCGCCUGUGUGCUUCAAAUGAUUUUUAUUAAUCACCAUCGUUAUCGUGUGUUCGACGAUGUCGUCGUUAUUUAGAAAAAACGCUGGGGGGGGGGGGGGACCAUACAAAAUAACAAUGCGCUUAGAUUUUCGUGGUAAACGAGCAACGUACAUACAUACAGUGUCGAGGUCGCGGUACGUAUUCGUACUUUGUUCAUCUCGUUCGUCGCCUCUCGGUCGUCGAUUCUUCUUCGAAUCGAACGACCGUGUGUAGUAUCAUGGACGAUCGAUGGCUGUGUGAUCGUCGACCAACCACGGAACAGUAAAUAACGCAUUAUCGCAUAACAAGAUCGUUUCUUUCCUCGACGAUUCGAUCGUAAGACCUUUUGUCUGUCCUAUCAGUAUUUCUCUGCUCACCCCAUAGUCGCCAUCGUCGCAAACAACAACUGUCGCAUCCCUCGCAUCCCUCCGUCCUUUAUUUACAAGCUUGUCCCUUUUGUUCUCUGUCACCUGCCUAACUAGCGAUUUUCCCCGUAUUUAGUGAUUGUUAAUAAUUAUCACAGAAAGUUCGUAAAACAAUGACUUUGACGUUUGUAUGUUGGCGUGUGUUGCGUGUCUCCUGUCUUUUAUCAUUUGUGCUCUCGUGUGCUGUCUGUUUUGUGUGUGUGUGUGUGUGUGUGUGUGCGUGUUGUACAUGCUUGUGUGCACGUGUACCUAUCGAGAAUCGUUUCUUUUUCGCAAUCGUUCUUUCGCGUAUUAUCUUUGGGUUUUCUCUCUCUUCUUUUUUUUUCCUGGUUUCUUCAUUCGCGUUUCCUCGUUGGGCGAGAAAGAAAGAGAGAGAGAGA